CAGCUCAUCCUGUUCAAUUCACACAGAGCUUUGGAGGGAUGGCAGAUUGUUCAGAGAGCGGCAUACCAACUGCUCCGUACAGUUUUCUCAAAGACUCUUUGCUUUGUGUUUAAACAGCAGAGGAGUCUAAUAUUGCAGCAUCCUGCAAGGACUACCCAUCAUUUACUUAAGUUGCCUAAUCAGCAAGACAACAAGUGCUUGAAAUCACCUAUAUUGUUUAGCUGAGAUCUGCACACAGAUGGAAUGAAGCUGAAUCUGAAUUAACACAAGUGUGGCACAUGCUGUCUCUGGUUUCCCUGGACUAGGGUCCCCACAGAACCUCACAAAUGGACUUCUCUUCCUGAUCUUCCAGAGGGGAAAAAAUGGAUCAGUAUAUCCGCAGGCUCAGGCAAGAACUGGUGUCAAUGAAAGAAGUUGGAGAAGGUUUGCAAGAGCAGAUGAACUCCAUGAUGGGGGCCCUGCAGGAACUGAAACUUCUCCAAGUUCAGUCAGCUUUAGAGCAGCUGGAGAUUGCAGGGGAUCAGAAUACAUUCUGUGGGAUAGUGCAAGAUCACUGUUGCCAAAAUGUGAAAGAGAAUCAUAAGUUCAGGCUGAGGUCCAACCAACAAGCUGGAAAUGAAAUGGCAGGUGGAACAAGUCUAGACAACAUACUGGCUUCUGAACAAGGCUAUUCUCCUGCCGGCUCUCUUUGCACUCAUUCCAUGCCAGGCACAAAACAAGGUCACCAGGUAAAAUCUUUGCAAGGGAGCAAGAUUGACGUUGUAUGCUCCUCUUCUAUUUUAUCUUCUGUAGACACUGGAUCCACAAAUGAACAAGCAUUCAUAACAGAAAGUGUUCACAGGCAACAUCCUAUGGAGGUUACAAAUACCCUUCCUGAUCCAGAAUUUUGCACACAUGAGCAUUUGGCAGAUGAAUCACAAGACUGGACAUCAUCCCUCAUGUCCCAGAGCAGAAAUCGGCAGCCUCUUGUUUUAGGUGACAAUGUCUUUGCAGAUCUUGUGGGAAAUUGGCUUGAUUUGCCUGAGUUAGAAAAGAAAGGGGGAGAAAGUGGUAGCAAUCUGAGCAUAAGCAAAUCUCAGGAGAUCUACAAAAAACUGUCUCUUACAGCAAACUUCUUUAAAAAGGUUUUAAGAAGUGUACGGCCAGAUAGAGAGAAACUCCUGAAAGAGAAGCCUGGAUGGCUCCAUGCAGAAGACCAGGUGGUAGAUAUAUCCAAGCGAACAAAAAAGGGAAGCAAACAGAAAGGUGUAUUUUAUUUUCCAUCUCAGCCUGACAUGAAAAUAUUCAAUAGAAGAGUUGAAAAACACUGUAAAAAAGAGGCUAAAUGCUCUAAAUCAACACAGGACAUAAGGACAGAGCAGAAGCACCAAGAAUAUCCAAGCACAGGAUUUGACAUGAACACGGCUGUUUGGGUUUAAAGUAGAUGAGAAAAUCACUUUUUGGGUAAUGGUAGUGAGUAGAUGGAACAGUAUGCUCAUCAAAUAAAAAGACAAGAACAAUAGCACUGUACUGGAAUUCAGCAGGGCUGCAUUUUAAAUGGUGGAGGAGAUCCAUCAUGAUUUUUUAAUAUUGUUAUGUUUUAACUAAAUAAUUAAAACACAGUUUGGUAAUUUACUAAAGAUCGGUAAAUAAAGCAUUCAUUUCGUUGCUGAGCUGGCUCUCAGCACUUGAGAAAAA